AUGGCUGUUUUCCUCUUUGAUUUCGCUGCGAAAGUCGCUCAUCAUGGACAUGAUGGUGCCUAUGAUGAUGAUUUCUAUGAUCGUUUAUCUCGCCGUUAUUCUGUUAUUCUUCUUGUCAUAUUUACUGUACUUGUAUCAACAAAACAAUAUGUUGGUGAACCAAUAGCUUGUUUUUGUCCAGCACAUUUUACUGGUACACAUGUUGAAUAUACAAAUAAUGUAUGUUGGAUAUCAAAUACGUAUUUUGUUUCAUUUGAUCGUCUUUUACCAAAACAUCCAAAUCCAAAAACUGAACAAUUUAUUUAUUUUUACCAAUAUGUACCAUUUAUUCUUAUGGUACAAGCUGUACUUUUCUAUAUUCCAUCACUUAUAUGGUCAUCAUUAAAUUCUAAAAGUGGUUAUGAUUUAAGUAUGCUUGUAACUCAUGCUCGUAUUAUUGAUACAUAUACAUCAGAUAUUCGUGACACAUCUAUUCGUCAUUUAGCACGUUUUAUUGAUAAGGCACUUGAAUAUCAUAGACAUAAACGUUUAGAAUACUUUGAUCAAUUGCGUUCAAUAAAAUGUUCAUCAUUAUCAUCUAUAUAUUCAUUUUUUUUAUUAAAUAAUCAUAUAACAAUGCGUGACAAUCAUUUAAUGUGGUCUUUUUUAUUUUCUAAACUUCUUUAUUUGCUCAAUGCUUUUGGACAAUUAUAUUUGCUCAAUUUUUUUCUUGGCAAUGAUUAUCAUAUGUAUGGCUUUGCUGUCAUAAAGGCUUUGUUCACUGGUAAUAAUGAGAAUUGGACAGUAACACCAAGAUUUCCUCGAGUUACAUGGUGUAAUUUUGCCGUACGAAAUUUAGCAGAUAAUAUCCAUACAUAUACAGUUCAAUGUAGUUUACCAAUAAAUUUAUUUAAUGAAAAAAUUUUUUUAAUCAUAUGGUUUUGGCUUUAUUUUACAACUUUAUGUACAUUAUUUGGUUUUCUUUAUUGGAUAAGUUCAUUUUUUUAUCCAAAAUUUUAUAAAUCACAUAUAAUGCGUUAUUUAUCAUCAAUGAAACGUAUAAAUAUUCAUCAUUUUCCUCAAAAUCCAUUUCAAGAACAACAACAUCGUUAUCUUCCAUAUCAUUCUUAUCCUCUUCAUCAUUCAAAUUAUCAUCGUCGUCAUUCAUUUAGUCAUUCACAUUAUGGUACAGGUAGUAGUCAUUAUGGUUCAUUACAUAUGGGACAUCCUCAUCAUGGUCUUUUAUCAUCAUUUGCUAGUCGAACAUUAAAAACAAAUUUUGAUUUAGUUCGUUUGUCACGUGUACAUGAUCAAUUAAAUCUUCCAAUAACAACAACAGAAAAUACGGACAUAAAUACAGCAUCAUCAGCUGAUGAUCAAACACCACCAUCACCAUCAACUCCGCAGCCAAUACACGUACCUACAAUUGUCCCAUGUUCGAUACCAAAUGAAGAAGAUCAUUUAUUAACAAAUUUUUUAACAAAUUAUCUUGGUCGAGAUGGUAUACUUGUUUUAUAUAUUUUAAAAAUGAAUACAAAUGAAGUUAUAACAGGUGAAAUUGUUACAGCUUUAUUUGAAUUAUUUAAAACAAGUAUUCAAACUGAUACAACAGAAUAA